AUUGUUCCCAUGUCUAGAUGCCAAUUGUUGGAAUAAGGAACUGUGAUGAAGACAGUCCAGGCGCAGCAAAACAGAAAAGCAGAGGAAGAAGGAGUUGAGAUAAAGUUCUGGUAAGGUUGAAGAAACACCCAAGGGAUGGUUCAUUACAUACAUAGAUAGAGAUUGAGAAACACUUUUCAAGGAGAGGAUGAAGAAUAAAAGAGUCAAGGCAGAUUUGGUAGAUGAAGAAAAGCAAGAGAAGGAGAUCAUGAAACAGAUUGAAAGGGCUGAGCAAUUGAUGCAGCUAUCUAAUCCCGAGUCUGAUCAGCCCUCACAGGUUGAGCCUCCGAGGGAGCUAAAUGUAGAAGAUGGAGUUAAGAUAGGAUUUUCUCUUGGGUCAUCUGCUAGACCUAUGACCAAGGAAAAAGGUGAGGCAUCGGUGAUGGUCUUUGAUGAGGUUGAGGAAGAGAAAUAUGAGGAAAGGAAUCCUAGAAACGAUCUGAAGAGGAAAGAAAGUGGUGGUGGAAAAUCAACAUUGGAAGAAAUGAUCAGGGAGGAAGAGAGGAAAAAGGAAAAAAUAAACAGGAAGGAUUAUUGGUUGCAUGAGGGAAUUGUUGUUAAGGUUAUGAGCAAAGUGUUGGCAGAGAAAGGGUACUACAAGCAAAAGGGUGUUGUGAGAAAGGUGAUUGACAAGUAUGCAGGGGAAAUAGAAAUGCUAGAAAGCAAGCAUGUGCUAAGAGUUGAUCAGGAAGAGCUUGAAACUGUGAUUCCACAGGUUGGGGGCCGUGUAAAAGUAGUCAAUGGGGCAUACCGUGGUUCACUUGCAAAGCUUCUGGGGGUGGAUACAGAUCAUUUUUGUGCUAAGGUGCAGAUAAAAAAAGGACCCUAUGAUGGCAGGGUACUUAAAGCCGUGGAGUAUGAGGACAUUUGCAAAUUAGCCUAGUGGGUUUAAUGAAAUAAUAACUCUGAUUCUGUUUUGCAUGAAUUGGAGCAUUUGUUCUUAUUUAUCUUUCUUCUGUGUCAUCUUCUCAUGUGUCUUCUUUAUAAUAAAAUCAUGGCUGUUAGCCUAUUAUCUUCUAUUAUUGUGACAGAAAUGUUGCUUGAUAUUUUAGAAUUCUGACUAUAGCAAUAGUAAUAGUAAUAGUAGUAGUAGUAGUAAUGAUGCGAUUCCUGACUAUUAUAUGGUACUAUAGUGCAAAAACAAAAAAGACUUUGAUCAGAGGCUAAAGUACUAUAUUGUAAGUGCAAUUUAAUGUGAGUAAAGUUGAGUUCUGUGUGUGGCAUUUGCUUU